AUGGUGACCAAAACAAAGAAGAUCUUUAUUGGAGGUCUGUCAUCGACGACAACGAUUGAAGACUGCAAGAAGUACUUCUCCCAGUACGGCAAGAUUGAGGACGGUAUGUUGAUGUUUGACAAGACAACAAACAGACACCGGGGUUUUGGUUUCAUCACAUUCGAGUCGGAGGAGGUCGUGGAGCAGGUAGUGGAGAUACACUUCCAUGAGAUCAACAGCAAAAUGGUUGAGUGCAAGAAGGCUCAGCCCAAGGAGGUCAUGGCCCCUACAAACACACAGGUCAGAGGUCGCGGGUUUACCAGAGGUGCUAUAGUCACCGAAGAUGGAACAAUAUUUUACACAGACUUGAUCGGCGAGGAGGCUCUCUUGCCAGAGAUAUGUUACAUGCAUCCUGGAUUCCCCAGUUUCCCUGCAGCGGCUCCCUAUGGACGAGCAGCUUUUCCGGCUCUGGCCAGCCACCCCGGCUACAUAACGUAUCCAACAGUCCCUGGCUAUGGUUACCUCCCCCUUCCGGAAACUAACGGCACGGACCGAGCCCUUCCGGCGGCAGCUUAUGCAGAUUUUGGUGCUAACCCAUUGGUUUCGGCAUCUCCCUUGGCCCUCCCUGCCCCUCCCUCCAUCACCCCUCGUACCGACAAUACCAGCAACGCCCUCAGCCUUGCCACAGCCUCUCAUCUAUACAGGGACUUGAUAGGACGGACAACAGCUCCGACCAUUGGUUCGACAGUCCUCGGAGGCUUUGGAUCCUACCCAACAACCAGCUCCCCCUUGACACGGAUGUUCUCAACCAACACUGGCCCAGUCCCAAUGGACAUGUACUCCCAGGAGAGCCUCACAUACUUCCAGCACAGUGCCGCCGCCGCUGCCAUGGCCUCACCCCAGUCUGGGCACUUCACCACAGUCGGACUUGGCAGGAGUCCAAAUCUAACCGGUGCUCUUUUAGCGGGGCGUAACUUUUAA